GACAUAAUUGUCGAAAAUCUGGACAUAACAGACACAGAGAAUGUAGAAAACACAGAUAUACUAAUAACCUUUAAGGAUUACGAUGACUUUGAUUAUAUCAAGGAUAAUUUGAAGAAUGUUCUGUACUCUCCACAAUUCUGUGGGAUCUGUCUUGUGGCCGGGGAAGACUUGAGUCCCGUCGGAGUGGAGUUGGAAGUGGUUACGCAUAAGGGCACUGAAGUUAGAGCGUUGGAAGAUAUUGUCAGUUACAUUUUUAAUAAUAGUGUCAAAAACAUCCUAGCCAGCUCAUACAUAUGUGAAAAAUGCAUCGACAAGGUCUUGCCAUCAUACAUCUUCAUACGCAACACCCGAGACUCAUACAAAGUCAUCAACAACUGCAUAAAUGAGUUGAACUUUAAAGUUGUCAAUGCCAUACAACAGUUAAACUCGGUAGAAGAUUAUGAAAACUCGGAAGUUCUUAUAAUUUUAGAGAAUGUUGAAACACCUUAUCUUGAAUAUACGGCUACGGAAUCUAAAAUUAAAAGCAAUACAGUUACCGUCAAAAAGAAAAAAUAUAAAAAGAAGACUUAUAGAAAACCAGCGGGUUACCGAUGUGUUGAAUGUAAUGUAAUAGUUCAAACUUUCAAAGAAUGGAAACAACAUGAGAGAGACUUUCAUGAAAAACCUCAAAUACAGUGUCAAAUUUGUAACAAAGUUUUAAGCACAGAGCAGAGUCUUAAGAUUCAUUAUAAAACUCAUGCUAUGAUGAAAUGCAAGAUUUGUAAUUUACUAGUACCAGAUGGCGAUUUAAACGAACAUUUUAGAUUGAACCAUGAAGAUGACAAGAAAACUUGUCAUAUAUGUAAUCUAGCUUUUUAUACGAACAGCGAAAUUAAUUCGCAUAUGAAAAUAAGUCAUCCUAAUGCUGACGACCCAGAUCCAGAAAGCACAAAGUCACAAUGCAUGUUGUGUCUAAAACACUUUGAAGGUGAAGAGUUAAAUGAACAUAAAUGUAAAUUCAAGUGUUCUGAAUGCUCAGAAAUACCUUGCAUUCACCACAAAUAUCUAAUAUCUUAUAGAGAACAAAUACAAGACAGAGCGUCAAAGAUAAAAUGUAUGGAUUGCGAUUAUGUGUGCCAUAAGAAAGAUUUUCUUAUUGGGCAUGCUAAUCGAGAGCAUUUGGACCACAUAUCAUUCGCUUGUGAUAUUUGCGGGCAACAGUUCUACUCCAAAGUAGGUUUAAGAGGUCAUAUCUAUCAGUUCCAUACAGAAAGUUACGUAUGUGAAUAUUGCGAUCAAGAAUUCAAGGGAAGCACUAACUACUAUGAAAAUCAUAAGAAGCAAUGUGCGCCAAUUCAAAGAGAAUUUAAAUGUAACGAAUGCCCAGCCUCAUUUGAUAGUUUUAAAUUCCUCACUAACCAUAACAAGAGAAGGCAUAUUCAAGAAAUUUACCCGUGUACUUUAUGUACGAAAACAUUUAUAACUGAUGGGAAAUUAAAAGAGCAUACAGUAAAAGUGCAUAGCGGUCUGCAGAACAGAAACAGGAGGUCAUUUACGGAUUGCGUUAUUUGUGAAAAGAAAUUUGAUACCAGAGCCGAUUUAAAACGGCAUAUUAGAACGCAUGGACCGAACGCUAAAUUCCCUUGCCGAACUUGUAAUAUAGAGUUUGACACGUUAAAAAAACUACAUGUGCAUAGGCGAAAGCAUGUGAAGUCCUAUUGCGAACGGGUGCAAUGUAGUGUGUGUAACAUGGAGCUACAAGCGGCAUGCUUGUCCCAGCAUAUGCUAAGACAUGCUGUAGAGUCCGGAGAAGCACCAGCAUAUAGCUGUGAUAUAUGUGGUAAAACAUGUUCGUCACCAGUGUAUCUCCGGUAUCAUAAGCAAAGCCACAUGAAGCCAACGCCUUGUCCAAUCUGUGAGAAGUUGAUUAAGCCGGCCGGUUUACAGAAACACAUCAAAUACCAUUCGUAUAAAGAUGAUCCCGUUAUGAGGGAAAAAAUGAAGCGGAGAUAUAAAUGUGAGGUUUGUGAGUAUAUGGCGUCAGAUCCCAGUAUAUUAGAGGCUCAUGUCAACCGUCACCAUUUAAAAGUAAAGCCAUACAUAUGUACAGUUUGCGAAAAAGAUUUCUGCGGGAAAUUACAACUGACUAGACAUAUGGACACUCAUUAUGUGACUAAGAAUUAUAGUUGUGAGGUUUGUGACAAGAAAUUUUCGAAUAAAAUCUGUUUACGAAUGCAUUUAAGACUACAUACCGGUGAACGACCAUAUUACUGCGAAGUAUGCGCAGAAAGUUUCAUUUCAGCGAGCGCUUUGAAAACACAUAGAAUCAAACGGCACUCUGAAAAGUCUAUACCGUGUCCAUUUUGUGAUAAAAUGUUUUAUAUAGCUGUAGAGAUGAGACAGCAUUUCAAGAAGUUUCAUUGGCCGCAUAAGGAUAGGAAGUUUGACCAUAGAGAGGUAGAGGGGCUAGGGAAGGAGUAUUAUCAUUUGUUUGAGGAUGGACGGAGGCCGAGGUUGGAUGAUGAUGAUGAUGGUACUAGUAAUGUCAUUAUUGAGGAGGUCAAUGAGUAGAG